CCACGAGCCUUGGCCCUCUCUCUCUCUCUUUCUCCCACCGGCCACCGAGCUCGCGAUCAGAUUCACUCCUCCCUCCCCGCCUCGCCUCGCCGCGCCGCGGUCCCGCCUCACCAACCCGCCGCCGCGGAUCUCCAGGGCUCAGUUCGGCCGCGUUCCGCCUCCGCUAGAUCUCCUUCGCCGCCGUCGCCAUGCCGCUCAGGUUGGAGAUCAAGAGGAAGUUUGCACAGCGGUCGGAGAGGGUCAAGUCGGUGGAUCUGCACCCCACGGAACCAUGGAUCCUGUCGAGCUUGUACUCGGGGAGCGUGUGCAUCUGGGAUUAUCAGUCACAGACCAUGGUGAAAUCAUUUGAAGUUUCAGAGUUGCCAGUGCGGUCAGCAAAAUUUGUAUCAAGGAAACAAUGGGUUGUAGCCGGUGCAGAUGAUAUGUACAUUCGUGUCUACAACUACAACACCAUGGACAAAGUUAAAGUUUUUGAGGCUCAUACUGAUUACAUCAGAUGUGUUGCUGUCCAUCCAACUCUUCCAUACGUGCUGUCCUCAUCUGAUGACAUGUUGAUAAAGCUGUGGGACUGGGAUAAAGGGUGGAUGUGCACUCAAAUCUUUGAGGGGCAUUCACACUAUGUCAUGCAAGUUACUUUCAAUCCAAAGGAUACUAACACUUUUGCAAGUGCAUCUCUUGACCGCACUACAAAGAUAUGGAGUUUGGGUUCUCCAGAUCCGAAUUUUACGCUCGAUGGACAUCAAAAGGGUGUGAAUUGUGUUGACUACUUCACUGGUGGUGACAGGCCCUAUUUGAUUACUGGUUCUGAUGACUCCACUGCAAAGGUCUGGGAUUACCAAACCAAGAGCUGUGUUCAGACACUUGAAGGCCAUACACACAACAUUUCUGCUGUUUGUUUCCAUCCUGAGCUUCCUAUAAUCAUUACUGGAUCAGAAGAUGGGACAGUUCGUAUAUGGCAUUCCACAACUUACAGACUUGAGAACACACUAAAUUAUGGCCUUGAACGAGUCUGGGCUGUUGGAUACAUGAAGGGAUCAAGAAGAAUGGUGAUUGGUUACGAUGAGGGAACUAUUAUGAUAAAAAUGGGACGCGAAGUACCAGUAGCAAGUAUGGAUACCAGUGGGAAAAUCAUUUGGGCAAAGCAUAAUGAGAUACAAACUGUGAAUAUAAAAACAGUUGGUGCAGGCUUUGAGGCUACAGAUGGGGAAAGGUUGCCCCUAGCCGUGAAGGAAUUAGGAAGCUGUGAUCUUUACCCACAGAGCUUGAAGCAUAACCCCAAUGGCCGAUUUGUUGUUGUGUGUGGAGAUGGUGAAUACAUAAUCUAUACUGCUCUUGCUUGGAGGAAUAGGUCAUUUGGAUCAGCGUUAGAGUUUGUUUGGUCAUCAGAAGGAGAGUAUGCAAUCAGAGAAAGUACAUCAAGAAUAAAGAUUUUCAAUAAAUCUUUCCAGGAGAAGAAAACCAUCCGUCCUACAUUCUCAGCAGAGCGCAUCUUUGGUGGUGUGCUGUUGGCAAUGUGUUCCAGUGACUUCAUUUGCUUUUAUGACUGGGCAGAUUGUAGACUCAUACGCCGAAUUGAUGUGACUGUCAAGAACGUCUACUGGGCUGAUGGUGGUGAUCUAGUUGCAAUAGCAAGUGAUGCAUCAUUCUACAUCCUGAAGUACAAUAGAGAUGUUGUUGCUGCUUAUCUUGAAGGUGGUAAGCCUGUGGAUGAGGAAGGUGUUGAAGAUGCUUUUGAGCUGCUUCAUGAGGUCAAUGAGCGAGUGCGGACAGGGAUUUGGGUUGGAGACUGCUUUAUUUAUAACAAUUCAUCAUGGCGACUAAAUUAUUGCGUUGGUGGUGAGGUCACCACGAUGUAUCACUUGGAUCGCCCUAUGUAUUUGAUGGGAUAUCUUGCGAACCAAAGUCGAGUUUAUCUUAUUGACAAGGAGUUUAAUGUCAUUGGGUACACAUUACUUCUCAGUUUGAUAGAAUACAAGACACUUGUGUUGCGUGGGGAUUUGGAACGUGCAAAUGAGAUUUUACCGUCCAUACCAAAGACACAGUAUAAUAGUGUUGCUCAUUUCUUGGAAUCCAGAGGAAUGUUGGAGGAGGCACUUGAGAUAGCCACUGACGCUGAUUAUAAGUUUGACUUGGCUGUGCAGCUUGGAAGAUUAGAAGUUGCGAAGGAUAUUGCUGUAGAAGCACAAAGUGAAUCUAAGUGGAAGCAGUUGGGUGAGCUUGCUAUGUCCACAGGCAAGCUUGAAGCAGCGGAAGAGUGCCUUCUGCAGGCCAAGGAUUUAAGUGGCUUGUUGCUACUAUACUCAUCUCUUGGAGAUGCUAUCGGAAUCGAAAAACUUGCUUCUCUAGCAAAAGAGCACGGAAAAAACAAUGUUGCUUUCCUCUGCCUCUUUAUGCUUGGUAAAUUGGAAGAUUGCAUACAAUUGCUUGUAGACAGCAAUCGUAUACCUGAAGCUGCAUUAAUGGCACGUUCUUAUCUUCCUAGUAAAGUUUCAGAGAUUGUAGCAACAUGGAGAAAUGACCUCAGUAAAGUUAAUCCAAAAGCUGCAGAUUCUUUGGCAGAUCCUUCUGAGUAUCCAAAUUUAUUUGAAGACUGGCAGGUUGCACUUACUGUUGAAAAGAAUAUUGCCUCCCAGAGGGGACAUUAUCCUUCUGCUGAUGAAUACUUGAACUAUGCUGACAAGUCAGACAGCACUCUUGUGGAAGCUUUCAAAAGGAUGCAAGUCAUUGAAGAUGAGGAACCUGUAGAUGAACAUGAUGAAAAUGGAGAGCCUGAUGAAGAGGUAUUGGAAGAGAAUAAAAUGGAGGAGAACACGGAUGAAGCUGUCCAAGUUGAUAGUGAUGAACCUGAAGAGACUGUUCUUGUAAAUGGAAAUGAGGGUGAGGAACAGUGGGGUACGAACAAUGAAGGAACUUCGCCAGCCUAAAAGAAUUGUUUGGCCAAUGUAAAAACCCAAUUGUCUAUGUUCUAACCCAACAUGAGUAGGCGCCGAGGAGGAAACCACGGCUCAGUGAUUGCAUUGCUGUUUCUGAGGGUAACAAUUGCAAUCUCAAUUUUUUAUCAUGGAGCACUGGAAUUGGUUGAUGCAUGAGCCACGUAUUGCUUGUUAUUCGAACCCCUCAAACAAGGGAGUCCAAACUCAAGAAUGGAAGGAUGCUAGUCUAGUGGUAUCAAUCCUGGCAGACUUCUCUGCAGCAACAUAGGCAAUUCUUUCGUCCAAGAUACAUUUUUCGUAUCCAGGUUUCCAUGUACCAGAAAAUCAAUGGGUUGGGUGCAGAGUUGAUUGUGGUGAAGAGCUCUUGAAUAAUUGUUAUAGAGAUGUGUAGCAUAUGCCAUACUACAGUAGCCAUAACACUUUGUAGGAGAUCAAAGUUUCCUUUAGGCAUUCAAUGUAAUUUUGUGCUAUUUCCAUAUACAUGUAGCAUAUGAUCGUGGCCCAAAAUGCUUGCCCGUGUAUUAUUCCAUAAAGUUUUACCUGAUUGUCAA